AUGGUGAGCGAAUCGCUCGCGUUGCCAUCCAUCAUCACGCUCAAUCAGGACCUAGACCGAAUCCUCAAUGGAGGUGUUCAGUUAGGACGGAUCACGGAAUUCUGUGGUAUGCCAGGAAUUGGAAAAACACAAAUGGGCAUUCAACUCGCAAUCAACACGUUUAUUCCUGACGAGUAUGGAGGAUGCGCAGGCUGCGCAAUUUAUAUUGACACAGAAGGCUCCUUCAUGGUGGAGCGCGCAGUGGAAAUGGCGACGUCACUUGUCAACUAUAUUGAAUCGCUGAUUAACGAUCAAAAAGUACUAAAUGUUGUACCGAAAAAAUUGACGCUCAGCUAUAUUUUACAGAAUUUGCACUACUAUCGAGUUUACGAUUACAUUGAGCUCAUUGCCUUGAUCGGUCAGCUGGCUGAUAUCGUCAAAGAAUUGAACGCGAAUAGAGAUGAUGGACGGGGGCUCAUUCGGUGCAUCGUCAUCGACAGCAUCACUUUCCAUUUUAGAGCUUGUGACCAAUUUAAAGACAUGGCACAACGCGCGCGUCUGCUGUCGACAGUUGCCUCCCAAUUGACCGUUGUAGCAAAUAGUUUUAAUGUCGCCAUCGUAUUAGUUAACCAGAUGACGACUAAGCCAGGUUUUGGAAUUGUACCUGCGUUGGGAGAAACUUGGAGUCACCAUGCCAGCACAAGAAUAUUAUUAGAGAAAGCGCCUAAUUCCAACAUGAAGCGCGCUCUAAUUUUGAAGUCACCCGACCUUGCACCGUCGUAUGCGUUGUACCAAGUGACGCCCGAUGGCAUUCGGUAA